AUGGCGGCCCAGAUUCCCAUUGUGGCCACCACGUCCACUCCGGGGAUAGCCCGGAACAGCAAGAAAAGGCCGGCCAGUCCUUCCCACAACGGCAGCAGCGCCGGCGGCUACAGCGCCGGCAAGAAGAAAAAGGUGUCCGCCUCCGGCUUUGCGCAGGGUAUCAGCAUGGACGGUGUGAGUGAGAAUAAGAUGGUGCCCUCUGAUUUUAGCACAGGACCCAUGGAGAAAGCUGCCAAACCUCUGCCAUUUAAGGAUCCCAACUUCGUGCAUUCGGGCCAUGGUGGUGCAGUGGCUGGCAAGAAGAACAGAACCUGGAAGAACCUGAAACAGAUCCUGGCUUCUGAAAGGGCAUUGCCAUGGCAACUGAAUGAUCCCAACUACUUCAGUAUUGAUGCUCCUCCAUCCUUUAAACCAGCUAAGAAGUAUUCUGAUGUUUCAGGUCUUCUUGCCAACUACACGGACCCGCAGAGCAAGCUGCGCUUCAGCACCAUCGAAGAGUUCUCCUACAUCCGACGGCUGCCGUCUGACGUGGUCACGGGCUACCUGGCCCUGAGGAAAGCCACGAGCAUCGUUCCCUGA